AUUGUCGAGUCGGAUGAAGUGGUGGUGAGGAGGCUGGCAGCGGUGCAGCGGCUGCAGCAUGAGCAACUGCAACAGGAGCAAUGGCGGCAGCAGCAGCAGCAGCAGUAUCAGCGAGAACAUCAACAACAACAUUAUCAAGAACAUAAACAGACACAACAACAAUUAAAACACUCUCAAUCUGAUUCCCAAUCCCAUGAAGAAAAUUUCAAAAAAAAUUUAAUCAAUGUUGAUGAGAUGCAACAACCCGAUGCGGUAUUAUCUCCAAAGAAAGAUGAAGAUGAAAAAGACGAAAUAGAAGCAGAAAUAGAAACAAAAACAAAAACAGAAACAGAAGAACCGGAACCGGAACCGGAUAUGAAAAUGACGAUAUACACGCGAGUUGCAGCAAAAAACAGAGAUCACCGUGAAUACACAACAAGAGGCACCCAGGCCGAAAAGGAGGAUGAAAAGGAGCAGGUCUACAUGGAACUAAGCGAGGAGGAGGAGGAGGAGAAGGAUCAGGAUCAGAAUCAAGAAAAUGCCGAUAAUGGAAAAGUGGAGGACGCAAACGUGGAGGGCCAGGGCCAGGAUACCGAUAACGAUGACAUUAUAGAGGAUGACUACGAGGACGAGGACGAGGACGAUGAUGAUGAUGGGACCAUUGUCGAGGACAGCGAUGCCACCAGCUGCAGUAGUUGUCGUCGCACCGAAAUCGAAGAUCACCAUCCUAAACCCUGAGCUAAAGCAUCCAACUAAUUCCAAUCUAUACGAUGCAUGAUUUGUUAACGAAAGGAAUACCCUUAAUGUUGGGCAGGGUAUUCCUUCCAUCCACCAUAAUCUGAAUCUCGCUGAAAAUGCAUGAAAAUGGCAAGAAAAAAAUACUAUAAAAUAAUACCACACACAAAAUACACAAAAUACUAAAGAAUAGACCAACGCUAUUUAAGUUUUUCGAAAAAAAAAAAAAAAAUACUGUAAUUUCUUCAAAAAAUCCACAAAGAUAAUGAUUUGGUUAUCCACAACACUAUAUGAUUUAAGUUCUGCCCCACUGCCCGGCCUCUCCCUUAAAACACCAUCCCCACCACCCCGAUCAUCCCAAAAUUGUACCUCCUAAUUAUUUUUUUGGUUAAUAAAAACAAAAAAUAGAAAAAAAAAGGGAUAGUUUUCUCAACGAAUGUAUUUAUGUGCUGGCGCUUUGUUUUUUGGCCUUAUACCUUACUUAUAAACAUGAAUAAACAUGCAUAAACAUGCAAGAGAGAGAGAGAGCAAUUAAACCAUUGUUAAACCAACCCAUGA